UCUAGCUUUAUCCGUCACCCAAGUUUGGCAACCAUGAAUCUCUUAUUUUUAUAUACAAAUAAACAUAUAAUCUUACAUAUAUAAUGGUACUAAUGAAUCUCUUCUCCAUUGAUACUAAUAGCAAUUAUCACAUUACAAAAUUUGACCACUGAUUCUGAAAAGUCCCAAAACUGGAACUCAAUGGAUGCUAUAGCCACGACGACGACCUUGCCAGAGAACCUAAUCCCAGAUCUCGGUAGCCCAGAAUGGAUGAGCAAAGGCGACAACGCCUGGCAGCUGACGGCGGCGACUCUGGUGGGCCUGCAGAGCAUGCCGGGCCUAGUCAUCCUCUACGGCAGCAUAGUAAAAAAGAAAUGGGCUGUCAACUCGGCCUUCAUGGCUUUCUACGCCUUCGCCGCCGUCUUAGUUUGUUGGGUGGGCUGGGCCCACGAGAUGUCUUUUGGCAAACCACUCCUACCUUUUCUGGGUCAGCCCAAUCCUGCUCUGGCCACUAACUACCUUCUUAAACAAGCCUUUUUGGGCCAAAUACCGAACGCCACCAUGGUGUAUUUCCAGUUUGUGUUUGCGGCCUUAACUUUGAUUUUGGUGGGCGGGGCCUUGUUGGGCCGGAUGAGCUUUAAAGCAUGGAUGAUGUUCGUGCCUCUUUGGGUUACGCUAUCGUACACAGUGUGUGCAUACAGUAUAUGGUGCCCCACUGGUUGGCUCUCAAAGCUGGGUGUUAUUGAUUACUCUGGUGGCUUUGUCGUUCAUUUAUCUUCAGGUGUAGCUGGUUUCACCGCAGCUUAUUGGGUGGGGCCUAGGUGGACUAAAGACAGGCAGAGGUUUCCGCCGAACAAUCUGCUAUUGAUGUUGGCAGGAGCAGGACUACUGUGGAUGGGGUGGACAGGAUUCAAUGGUGGAGAUCCUUACACCGUGAGUGCCGAUGCAUCUCUAGCCGUCCUUAACACCCACGUGUGUACAGCCACAAGCCUGCUGACGUGGCUGCUGCUUGAUAUCAUUUUCUUUGGAAAACCUUCUGUAAUUGGGGCUACUCAGGGCAUGAUCACAGGCCUUGUUUGCAUCACCCCUGCUGCAGGAGUAGUACAAGGGUGGGCAGCCAUAAUAAUGGGAAUGAUGGGAGGAAGCAUCCCAUGGUACACAAUGAUGAUCCUCCACAGAGAAAUAAAUCUCCUCAAGCAAAUUGACGACACCAUGGCAGUCUUCCACACCCAUGCAGUCGCUGGCUCCCUAGGCGGCAUUCUCGCCGGCCUAUUCGCUGAGCCAAAGCUCAGCCGACUCUUCUACGCUAUCCCCAACUCCCAACGCUACAUUGGACUCUUCUACGGCAUCCAAAACCGCCAGUACAAGGCCGGGUUUCGACAACUUGGCGUUCAACUUCUGGGAAUAGUAUUUGUUGUUUUUCUAAAUGUCAUUGCCACUACUGUCGUAUGUUUGAUUAUUAGAUUGGUGGUUCCACUUAAGCUCGCUGACGAUGUGUUACAUAGUGGAGAUGAUGCCAUUCAUGGAGAAGAGGCUUAUGCUUUAUGGGGUGAUGGUGAUAAGUAUAGCUUUGUUCACGCCGUCAAAGACCUCGCUCCGCCGCAGGAACUUGUGCCUGUAGUCACCGAUGAAACUAGAGUUGAUACUCAAGCUCAAACCUCAUAAAUGUGGGCUCAUGUUGUUAAUUGAUAAUAUUUUAUAUAUGCUACAUCGUUUUUAAUGUUAUUAUUACUAUUUUUUUUUUGUUGUUGACCUAAAUAUAGAAAACACGAACAUAUUUUUGUAUGUCCAUAUGGAAAUUCUAUACAAAUUCCUUCUAAUCUUAUGUGGUAAGUAUUUUUUUUUUUAAUUAAUCAAUAUAAGAUGAUGUGAUAUAGUUUAUCCAAAUGGAAAUAUCUCUAGUCAAAGUCUUCACGAAAGCUAGUCUUCAUCUGGAAAGGAGUUCCAUAUAGCUAGCUUGUCCAACCGAAAGAAAUCUUACGGAAAGCUGGUCGUCAUCCAAAAAAGAGUUCUGAAAGGCUAGCUUAUCCAUUCGAAAACUAGUCCUUCCAGAUUGCGCUUCAUCAGUUUGAGAUGUCUAUCCAAGAAGUGUGAUACAUGUUCGGAGAGAGAGCUCGAUGCCAAGAACUGAGUUGGAGAUCUCAUUGUAAGGAGCCAAUUAAGUCGGUUAAGUCUUAAACAAAUUAACUGCUUAGUAGUUGUUUGAAGCCACCACAUUUGGGAUUCAUAUCCUUGAUUUAUAAGUACAAUCGUCCUCUUUAUUUUUUUUAAAAAAUAACACAAAACAC